AUGGGUUCUUCGAUACUGACGUCUCUUCUCGCCAAUCUCUCCCAGCUCGUUCCGCUGAGUCCACCAGCUCAGGAUGAAUUAGAUUUGGGAUUGCGCCAACACUUCGGCACCGCUCGUGCCCACCAAGGUCGUCCACUCCACCUUCUGUCGACAUCAGAUACUGACCAAGCCCGGUCUAUCUUCCUGACUCUGCACAUUCUAUUUCCGCAUGAACUACUUCCGGCACUAGAUCUGUUGGAUCGACAACUUGUCACGAAGCUCAUCGUCGACCCUUUCGCAACAAAGCCGGAUGAGAGUGCAAAGGUUGGCGGUGGGGAAGAACCGCCAGCAAACGUGGCCGAGGUCGAUGAUCCCGCCGUCCCACCAAAUAGUGGCCAUGAAGUCUUCUACAUUCAGUCGGCGUUUGCGGCUGAAAAGGCGACGGGAUCGAGACACCGCUCACGGUAUUCCAGAGCAAGCAAAACGUCAGCGAACUAUGAAGUUCAGCUUGACAGCUGGAAUUGUUCAUGCCCGGCUUUCAGUAUUAGUGCAUUUCAAUGCUUGACUCUGGAACCCCCUGCAGAUGAACAGCAGCAGGAAGAUCAUGCGGCGCCGAUACAAGAUUCUCCGACGACAGCACGAAGAUGGGAGUUCGGGGGCACUGAAACACGGAAAACAGGCAGAGUACCGAGCUGCAAGCACAUUGUUGCGGCAGUGCUUGCGAAGGCCGCACCACACCUGUUCAAGGACUCCCUCACGGAAAGGGUUGUAAGGAAGGAGGAGGUCGUAGCUUGGGGCAGUGGUUGGGGAGAGAUUGGGGGCUGA